UUGUCUGUGGAUCCUGGUUUGAUCACGUUUUAAGCUGGGAGGAAAACACGACCGACAAAAGCACCCUGUUCUUGUUCUACGAAGACAUGAAAAAGGAUCUUCCAAACGUGGUGGAGAAAGUAAGCGCCUUCCUAGGGGUCAACACCAGCGAGAGCGGGAUCGAUGAAAUCUGCGUGAAAUGUUCAUUCAGCGAGAUGAAAACCAACACGGAGAAAGAAAACUACAAUCCGAACCAGACGGUCUGCGCACUCACAUCCAACCGGAGGCUGAUAUUCCGGAAAGGUGCGGUCGGUGACUGGAAAAACCAUUUCACUCCCAAACAGAACAGGAUGUUUGAAGAGACGUUCGCGGAGAAAAUGAAAUCCAGCAAAGUGGCAAAGCAUAUCGUUUACGAAUUCUGA